AAGAAGAAAGAAAGCUGACAAUAACGCUGCUGAGAGCUCAGCUUGACUUCAAGUGAUCGAAGAAACUUAUUCAAAACAAUGGAGGGUGAAUGCAAGGUACUACUGGACUCCACUGCCACCACAGAAGCCAAACCCAGCUCAAAGCUAACCACUGCCCUGCUGGCGUUCACACUCUGCCUCGCUGCUGCUGCUGCUGCUGUUCUUGUCGUCAACAGACAUACCAAGGGAUCAGGACAAGAUGAAGACAAUUUCGAUCUUCAUCACACAUUGAGGCAAAUUUCAAAUGUGAGAGCGGCCAUUCAUUUACAAGGAGAAUACAACCCUGCCAUGACCACCUCAGUGGAAUGGAAGAAUGACGUGGAUCAGUCCUACUCUCAAGGAGGGCUGAAACUAGACAACAACGAAAUUGUGAUUCCUAGAAAUGGCCUGUACUUCAUUUACAGCCAAGCGUCCUUUCGUGUCAGCUGCAGCAGCAGUGGCAUUGAUGACACCACUUCAAAGCCAGUGGUUCACCUGAGUCACACUGUGAAACGCUGGUCCAGCACAUAUGGGAACGAUGACGCCAAGAGGUCCUACGAGACCAUCCUGCACUCUGUUCGCUCUGCCUGCCAAAAGACACCCAGCAAUGAUCCGGAUCAGGAGGAGAACUGGUUCUCGGCUGUGUACAUGGGAGCUGUGUUCAACCUUAGUGAAGGGGACAGACUGAAGACUGUGAUGGAGAAGAAGAUGCUGCCCUUCCUGGAGGACGAGCAGGGGAAGACUUUCUUUGGUGUGUUUGAAUUGUGAGGAUGGGUGACUGAGGAUAACAGGUGAGGAUAUGAAAGUCCACGAAGAAAAGCCUGCAGCCUGCUGCCCCCACCUGAACCCAGUUACACUGUUGAAUGUUAGCUGCUUACAGUGUUUACACUGCAUGAAACAGCCAGUGCAACUGUCAGUAUAGACUAAACACCCAAACUUUAAAUGGCUGCAUUAGCAAGUAAACAGAGUUAUGCUAACAGAAAUGAACAAAGAGAUCACUAUUAAGUAAUGUAUAACCAUAGACUAUGAGUCUAUAAUGUUAUGUACUGUGUACUACCGCCUUAAUGUCAGUACCUUUUGCUGUACUGCAGUGCUUAAUCUACUGUCUUUGAAAUUUGUAAGAACGUACUAUAAUAGCUACAUAUUUAUGUGUCACUACAGGCUGACAGAAGUGGAUUUUUAGUGAAUCUUUUUCAUAUUUAUAUUCAUAUUUAUUUUAUUUAUUGAAUUAUUUAUUUAUUUACAUAUUUAUUUAUUUAUGUAUUUCUGUGUUUUUCAAUGUGUUUUUCUAAUGAAUGCCCUAAAAAGUAUUUGUGUGGAAUUUUCUGAAUAAUUUAUUCAAUAAUUUGUUAAACCUGACGAUCAGUUUGACCAGCUGUUUGUCAAUGUAAUGUUUAUUUACAUUUGCAAAUAAUGCCAUG